AGAGAGAGAGAGAGUGGGGGGUCGGGUGGGUGGCUAGGCGACAAGUCGUAGCGACGGUUGCUGGUUCCCCGCAGCUUCCUCUACUCUCUCCUAUUUGACGUCUAGUAUUUCUUGAACAAUUCCAAGCUCUUCCCUUCAACCACUCCCAUUCCAUUAAAGACAAGCAGAAAACAGAAAUCUGUGGGAGGAAUCCGUAAAAGGGAGAAAUAGUUGGAGAUAUCGAGAAACCCACGACAGCAUGAACAAAAUGCCAAAUCACAAAAGAUAUCCAUUGAUCCUCUCCAAUUUUUUUAAUCAAAUCCAAAUCACUUAACCCUUUCUCUUAACCUCUUUCCGAAGAUCCCUUCACUCUGUCUUCUUUCUCAAUUCCCAGUCCUCCCUUCCCUUUAUAUUCCCACCUCCCGUUCUUGUAUUCCCUCCCCUCUCUCACCUCCUCAAUCUUUCUUCUUUGAUUGCAAAGAGAGAAAAUCAUUUGAGGAAGAUAAAUAGAGAAAGAAAGAUAGAUAGAAGAUGCAGGGAGAGGUGGGAGAGGAUCUCCUUAGUUUGAGAUUGAGUAUAGGUAGUGCCUGUCAUUUUGAACUCACGAAGAAAAGGAAAAGAAUGGAUGAACCAAAUGAUAAGAAUCUCAUGGUUUUGCUUCAAGCUAGGGAUCGGAUGACGCGGCUUGGCUGUAACAGGCCUGCAAUGGCAGAUGACAAGGGUUUGCAGCCCGUCCGCCUCCUCUUGUUAUGCGCCGAUGCUGUGGACCGCAAUGAUGUGAGCUCCGCCACCGACUUUUUGCGGCAGCUCUACCGCAACGUCUCCUUAUGCGGUAACCCGAUCCAACGGAUGACCGCCUACUUCACUGAUGGUCUCUUGGCGAGGUUCUUGACCAAGAAUUCUUCCUUCUAUAGCUCUAUCAUGGCGGACCCCUCCCCUGAAGAGGAAUUCUCUGCUUUCGCUUCCCUCUACCUAGCGUCCCCUUACUACCAAUUCGCACACUUCACUGCCAACCAAGCCAUCUUCGAAGCUUUCGAGGAAGAUGAGCAUUGGAAUGGAGGAUGCCUCCAUGUCAUCGAUUUCGAUGUAUCAUAUGGUUUGCAAUGGCCUUCUUUGAUCCAAUCUUUAUCCGACAAGGCAACGAACCAGAAACCUAUCAAUCUGCUUAUCACGGGGUUUGGCGGGAGCGUAGAAGAGCUCAGGGAUACAGAGAAGAGGCUUUCGAGCUUCGCCUCUGGUUGCCGCAAUAUCUCCUUCGAGUUUCAGGGGAGAUUGAGAGGAGAAAAGAGACCGGAGAUUCAGGUAAAGAAGAAUGCAACUGUGGCAGUGAAUCUAGUAUUCUAUCUCCACACCCUGAAGAAUUCUUCUAAUAUAUGUUCAACUUUGAUGCAAAUAAAUACAUUGAAUCCUUCUGUGGUUACCUUGGUUGAGAAGGAAGGGAGCAGGGGGAAUCACAAUGGCUUCUUGUCGAGAUUCACAGAAUCCUUGCAUUACUUCGCCGCCAUGUUUGAUUCCUUGGAUGAUUGCCUCCCAGCCAGGAACAUAGAAAGGCUUAGGAUUGAGAAGAACCACUUGGGGAGGGAAAUCAAACAUGCAGUGGUUGUUAAGGAUGAAGAAGAGAAAGGUUGUAGAUAUGAGAGGUUGGAGACAUGGAAGGCAGUGAUGGAAAGAUAUCGAUUUGAAGGUGUGAGGAUGAGCUCGCGUUCAGUGAGCCAGGCAAAGCUUAUUCUUAAAAUCAAGAGCCAUUGCUCUGCAAUGGAUGACCAUGGCACUGCAACUGGAUUUCGGAUCUUCGAGAGAGAUGAAGGGAUGGCAAUAUCCUUAGGUUGGCAAGAUACACAUCUAAUCACUGCGACUGCAUGGCGACGAUCUUCUGAAUAUCAAUCAAAAUCAUUCAAUCUAUAUUAAUAUUUUGUUUUUUAUGCGUGUUAUUACCAUAUUGAUUAAUCUUUCUCAUAACAAUUUUUUUUUUUUGCCUUGUUAACAUAAUUGGCAUGUGGUUAUGUAACUAUAUGAUCAGAGAAAUUCAAAGUUGUUUGUUAAAUGUAAUAAUUAUUAGCUUCAAUUAUGAAGUUUUAUUUGUAUUG